UGUAUUGGUUGUCAUGUGAUGGGCAUGAUGUUGGAGCCCUAGAUGGCAGCAGAAAUGAAACAAAGAAGCUGUACCAUGCACGGGAAGUCAUCGUGGACCUGUGUGUCGAUUGGCCAAGGGGUCGUUUGUACUGGCUGGAAAAGGGUCAAGUUAUUAGGAUGAGUCUGGCUGGUGGAAACGUUGAAAAAAUAUUGGAUGUGUCAGAUUCUGAAAUUGGUCAAGUAGUAAUGGAUAUAAAAUCCAACAGCUUCAUCUGGAAUGGCGAUCAAUCUGGUUUGCGUGUCAUGAGUGUGUUAAAGGACAAGAUGUACUUUCCAAAGAAAACCCUGAAAGGAUCAACUGUAGCGGCACACGAGCCAUUCCUGCUGUCCUUGCAGGAUGGCACACUCACUCUGUGGGACAGAAGGGAGAUGAGAACUCUCACAAUGGUGGAACUGGAGGAGAGUGAUAUUGUGAGGGUGAUGAUUGUGACAAGCGAUGUACAAAAAGAUUCAAAGGCUUUUAAAAGACCUGCCAAUACUCCUCGUGCUUGUCCUCGGACAUUUGUGCCUUGUAAGGAUGGGACUGACUGUGUUGCUCAUGACCACCAGUGUGACGGGGAGAAGGACUGCAAAGAUGGCUCGGAUGAGGCCAACUGUCCCCGGGAAUGUGAUAUGUCUGGAAGUUUUCGGUGUCUUGAUGGAAGAAAGUGCAUUGAAUCGAAGUGGGUUUGUGAUGGACUACCGCAGUGUGCUGAUGGUUCGGAUGAGGCGGACUGCUGGAAGCCCACCGAAAGCUGUCCCUUCCACUGUGACAAUAAGACUAAAUGCAUUCCUAACCAUGCUCGAUGUGAUGGUCAUGUAGAUUGCGAUGACAAAACAGAUGAAGAAAACUGUACCAGUAAAACCCAACCUGUCGGUACCACUCGUGUUUGUCCCAGGACAUUUGUACCUUGUCAGGAUGGAAGUGAAUGCAUUUCCUAUUACCACCUGUGUGACGGAGAGAAUGACUGUCCUGAUGGCUCUGAUGAAAAUAACUGUUUCCCCAAAGUAUGUAAUGAGCCAGGGCAAUUGCAUUGUCUAAGUGACAAGAAGUGCAUUGAAGCAGAGUGGGUUUGUGAUGGAGUGCCACAGUGUCUCGAUGGUUCAGAUGAAGCAGACUGUCCGCAGCCAACUGCAAAACACUGUGACUUCCACUGUGACAAUAACACCAAAUGCUUUGCUGGCGGAGUUGUCUGUGAUGGUAAAAAUGACUGUGAUGACAAAAUGGAUGAAGCAAACUGUGUUGCUGAAAAACCUCCAACUACACUUGAACCUCUGAUUUGCCCCAGGGCAUUUGUGCUCUGUCGGGACAAGAGUGACUGUGUUCCUAUUGAUCAUGUUUGUGAUGGGGAGAAUGACUGUCUGGAUGGCUCUGAUGAACACAACUGUCCCAAGGGGUGUCAUGAGCCAGGGCAUUUUCAGUGUGUGCAUGGCAAAAAGUGUAUCGAAGAGAAUCAGGUUUGCGAUGGUGUAUCGCACUGUCUCGAUGGCUCAGAUGAGGCCAAAUGCUGGGAACCCACAGGAAACUGUGCCUUCCGCUGUGACAAUAACACCAGAUGCCUUCCAGAGCAAUUCCGAUGUGAUGGUGAACACGACUGUGUUGAUGGAUUGGACGAAGGAAACUGCAGUGAAGAGUGUGGUGCUUCAGAGUUUCGGUGCAGCAGCGGGCAGUGUAUUUCCGCGGUCCUGCGCUGCGAUGGAGAGACAGACUGCAGAGACCACUCUGACGAACUGACCUGUUCUAAACCUCCCCGCUGCCUGUCUGGGAAGAGGUGUCCAGAGAGCAAAGAGUGCUUUAUAGAGGAGUGGCUAUGCGAUGGGGACUUGGAUUGUAAGGAUGGCUCGGACGAGAAGAACUGCAAGCUUUCUGAAGUGAACUGCAGUGAGCUGCAGUGGACCUGUGCCUCAAAAACCCAGUGCAUUCCCAAUUCCUGGCGUUGUGAUGGAGAGCAGGACUGCUCAGAUGGCAGUGACGAGACUGGAUGUACCCCAAUGCAGUGUCCAAGCCAUCAGUUCCAGUGUGGCUCGUCCGGGGAAUGCCUGAACAUAAGCAUGGUCUGUAAUGGGAUAAACAACUGUGUGGAUGGAUCAGAUGAAGGUGGGGACUGCAGCUCUGUUAACUGUGAAAAGAAAUGCUCACAGACCUGCUACAAGACACCUAAUGGACCAAAGUGUGGCUGUGAGCUGGGAUUUAGACUCGCCAGUGAUGGGCUGUCCUGUGUGGAUAUUGAUGAGUGUGAAGAGCUCUCCCAUGGCUUUUGUAGCCAGACCUGUCGCAACAUGAAUGGGUCGUUCAGCUGUGGCUGUCACCCGGGAUACCUGUUGGAGCUAGACGGUCACAGGUGUAAAGCAAGCCCGGAGCCAUUUUUGCUAGCAUCUGUCCAAUCUGACUUGCUACUUUAUGGACUGCGAAGCUUCAAAGAGGAUGUUCUUACUUUCACUGGAAAGAAAAUUACCUUUUCAGUGGACUACGAUUGGAAGGAGAAGAAGGUGUUUUGGUUAAAUUUUGAUGCAGAGAGUAUAAAAUGGAUAACGUUGGACCAGAAAAACAAGGGAACAGUAGUAAAAGGAAUCCAGUCUGAUUGUAUAGCAGUGGACUGGGUGGGUAGGAACCUGUACUGGACUGAUGGAGCCGCUGGACAGAUCUUGGCUGUUAGUCUGUAUUCCAAUUCAGCCGAGACCCACUAUACAGUGGUGUUGGAUGAGGAUCUAGAGCAGCCCCGCUCUCUUGUGCUCCAGCCUCUCAGUGGGUUGAUGUACUGGUCUGAAAUUGGAGGAGAGUCACGGAUAGAAAGAGCUGGGAUGGAUGGCUCUAAUAGGAAAAUGCUCAUUACAAAGGGGCUCGGGUGGCCUAUUAACCUAGCUCUUGAUUUGCUGAGUGAGAGGAUCUUCUGGGCAGAUGACAAAUUCAGAUGCAUUGGCUCAGCAAAUUUAGAUGGCACAGAUAUAAAGUUGUUUCAGCUACUUGAAACUCCAAGUCCUUUCUCUCUAAGUGUAUUUGAAGAUGCGAUUUACUGGUCCGAUACCAAAACGAGAACAAUUCAAAAAGCCAACAAAGAGACUGGCAAGAAUCGGACUGUCCUUAUUAAACGACUCGGUCAGCCUUUUGGCCUGAAGGUUAUACACGAGACACUUCAGCCAAUAGCUUUUAAUCCCUGCCAAAAUCUGGGCUGUUCCCAUCUGUGCUUGUUGGGGCCAAAACAGAGUGGAAUGUGCAGAUGUCCCAUUGGAUUCCUGCUGGUUAAUGAUGGCACAACCUGUGUACUGCCAGCAGACACUGCAUUUCUGUUCCUUGUUUCACCUUCUGUCAUCACUCAGGUUUACCUCCAGGACAUCCAGUCCACUAUUGGCUUGAAGACAUUGCCUGAACACGAAGCCCUCUCUGUCCCUAUUGUCAACCAGAUAACGGCUAUGGAUUAUGUGCUCAAGGACCAGUCUGUGUAUGCUGCCGACUCGGAGGGAGGCUUUAUCGCACAGUUCAAGCUGAAGGAGCAGGAGCUGGUCUUUCGUGGGAAGGUGCUCCAGCUGGAGGGCGACAUGGUGACGUCCCUGGCUGUGGACUGGAUAACCCACAACAUCUACUGGAGCAGCAGGCAGCAACUCAUUCAUGUCACCUCACCCAGCAAGGCCUACACUGCCAUCCUCUUCGACAGAGACCUCAGCCAGCCAAAUUCCAUCGCUGUACACCCACCCUCUGGAGUCAUGUGUUUUUCACACAUGCAGGAAGAGGGUAGGAGUGGGGAACCUCGGAUAGAAUGCGCCUAUAUGAAUGGAAUGAAUAGGAAGCUGCUGUGGAAGAAGGCAACAAUGCCCACUAGCCUGGUGUUUACAAAUUCUGGCGCUAUGCUUUACUGGGCUGAUAUUGGUGCUGGAGUGAUUGGUUCCAUUUCACUUAAUGGUUUAAAUUACAGAGAGUACAAAACGGGACCAGAGCGUCUUGCUGCUUUUACACACAUUGAAAAGAUGCUCUUCUGGACAACAGUCAAUGAUACAACCAAGGUGUGGUACAGUGAUGGCCUGCAACCAAAACAACAUCUGUGGUUUGAAGUGAAGGAGGAUGUUGUAGAUUUGAAAGUGUACAGCAAGCUUAGUCAACAAGGGACAAACCACUGUGUGGAACAGAAUGGUGGGUGCAGCCACAUCUGUCUGCCUUACCCAGGAGGGAGGACCUGCAAGUGUCCUAUAGGCUACAACUCAACUAAUGCAACAGCCUGUGGGAAGGAUGUGAGGUGCCCAGACAUGACCAGGCCCUGCAAAGAUGGACGAAAGUGUCUGCCGAGGGAGAGGUUCUGCGAUGGGCAGGCAGACUGCCUGGAUGAAUCUGAUGAGGAGAAUUGUACGUGUGCUCGUCAUUUAACUGAAGUAACAGUGAAAUCUGGACUCGCGCAUACAGCUGUUCCACGGAGCCCUUCAUCUCCGCAUGCUGACAGUGCUGAAACCAUUCCUACCACCUUUGCCUCCUACCACAGCAUCAUGGCUACAGAUGAGGUUUUGGUUCGAAAUCUGGAAUCCCAGCCUUGUGACAAAGAAAUAUGUCACCUGAAUGGUGACUGCGUGGUGAUUAACAACAAAGUGUCAUGUGACUGCAAGCUGGGUUACACAGGAGAGUUCUGCGAUAGAAAAGUGUUUGAGUCGAUUGCUGUUCCCUUGACACUGAGUGUCGUUCUUGUCUUGGUGACACUUUUUGUAGCAGGUGUGAUAUAUGCCGUUAUGAAGAGGAGGACCAAGUUGGCAAAAAGACAUGCACAAGCUGUUGCAACGGAGAGAGACAUGAAGACCAUGGAAUCUUCACCAGACCAGGCUUCCAGUCAGACGUUUGCCAAUGAAACCUAUGAUGCUGAGGCGGAACCGAUGAGCCCGUUAGAAACAUAGAAGCCUUUAGAUGUUGCCAGAAUAAAAAUUUGGAUUGCGUGACCAGUAAAGUUUGAAGUUUAAGAGA